AUGAAUGAGACUAUGAAAAGCGCAAAGUUUGAUCUAGACACAGGAGACAGCGAUAGCCAUAACUACAUCCACAACGAGUCGGAAAGCUACUCUGCCGAGGAUGGAAAGUACGAGGUAGGAAAGGAGGAAAACAACGAUCCAUUUGAGAAGCUGAAGAGUAGUGCAGCAGACACUCUUCAUCAGAGGACAGGAUGGAUUUUCCUGAUAGGUGUUUUUCUAUCCAUACUUGCUGUGUGCUGCUGGAAUUUUCACAUGGAUGUCAAAGAUAGGAAUGAAGCGACUUUCAGCGUCCGAGUGAGAGAUGUUCUACUUGUAUGUUCUGCAGGAGUGUUUUUCUUCAUUGCCUUAAACUUCAUUAUCUUUAAGACGAGUUUUCUAGGAAUGAAGAGGUCCAACAGCCUAAACACAUUCUUCUACUACACCAACGAGCUCUCGGAACAUAUUUCUGUGGGAACCAUCUUGAUCUUUGGAUUUUUCUUUGUGUUUCUGAAGGACUUGGACUGUUGUGUAUAUAACAAGCAAAGCCUUGAUCUAUUUCUCACUGAUGUGUUUGGCAGUCUGUUGAUAGCAAUCUUUAUGCUCGGGGUUGUAAGGGUAUUCCAUCGGGCCAUAUCGAUGAAUUUCAACUACUCUGUGUACAUUAAGAGGAUUAGAAGGGUGCUCCUGGAGGAUGCAUUUAUCAACCUUCUUGGAGUCCUGGACACCAAGAGGAACAGGGGGAUUGAGAGGUCCAGGCUGAACAAGUCCCAAGAGAUUAUGUACAGGAGCGAUGCGAUUUCGUCGAUAAACGAAUAUAUGGAGGACUUAUAUGGGUACAACGAGCCUACCAACGAGCUGGACCUUCCCAGAAAGAGAGUUCUUCUUAAGGAGUUUCAAAGACUCAUGCGGCGUUCAAGCGGGAUUCGUGGAGAUGUCAUGAAAAUGUCCCAAAGACUCAAGAACAGGGCAGGGAGUAAGGCAAGCAAGAUAGUUGGAAAGGAUGGAAGUAUUGGUCCUAUGUCUGAUCUGUCGCUAUAUUUCCACAACCCAGAGGUGUUCAAAUUCCUGAUGAAGGAAAUCGGUGUUGAAGAAGGGUUUAAAUUCAGCAAAAGCAGCCUGGCGGACUUUAUUGAAAGAACAUACCGGGAGAGACACUUCUUGAAAGAGAAUCUCGAGCACAUGAAUUCAGCCAUAGACAAGGUUGCAUUUGGCCUCAAAAUCAUAAUAGGAGGACUUAUUAUAGCAAUGAUGUACAUCAGAGCAGGAGGAGAAGGAGUUACAACCAUCGGAGUGAUUUCUGCAUUGUUUGGUACACAGUUUAUAUCCAACUCGUUUUCCGAGAGUGUGAUUGGUAGCAUAAUCUUUCUAUUUUUCAUUCAUCCGUAUGACAUUGGAGAUCGGAUCUUUGUGACUCUAGAUGGAGAGGAAGAGAACUUGGUUGUAUCGGAGCUGAAUGUGUUUUCGACUGUAUUCUACAGAUGGGAUGGGGUCUACAUAACAAUCCUCAAUACAGUGUUGGCACAGAAAGCAAUCAGAAAUCUUCGAAGGAGUGGAAUCAUGGCCGAGUCCCAUAAGAUUCAAGUAAACAGCAGGACUAACCAGAAGAAGUUGAUCCGUUUGAAGGAACUCAUAGAGGACUUUGUCAAGAGCAACCCAGAAGACUAUACAGAGUACAUAAUGCUAAAUCAUGAAUUUAUUUCGGAUGCAUCGAAGCUGCACAUGAAAGUCUAUAUGCAGUAUAAGAGCAGCUGGCAGAACUUCGAGUUAUACCUCCGAAGAAAAACCAAGUUCCUGUCUUUUUUGAAUAGAGCCCUCCAGGAGUUAGAGAUAGAGUAUAUUCUGCCACCAAUGCCGAUUUCCUUAAGGAAUGUCCAGAACUAG